UUGGUUUCAUUAAUUCUUUCUCAAUGUUUCAUUCUCCAUUUUUUCAUAGCCACUGUGCCACACUGUGAGGAUGAUAAAAUCUCCACAGCCCCCUCUUCCAGACAGCUUAUUGCCCAGAAUGAUGCUCAUUCAGGUCUUCGAAAACCUCGAAGAGGUCAUCGGCUAAGAUCUGGCAAGCAUCUAGUUCGGUCGACGCGACGCCGUCUUGACAGCGAGUCGGAUGUCAAAUGGGAGAAUGCUAGUGAUUCAGAUUGUAAGGAGGAUGAUUCUUUCUCUUCUCUAGCUAGAGAAGAAAAUGGCAGUAGCGAGGAAGAUUCUGAUGCCUCAGAUUCUUCAGAUGCCUCAAAAAUAUCUGAUAUUGAGACAGCUAGGCUUCAAGCACAGUCAGACGCUGCAGCUGCUCUCCAAGCGGUUGUCCAUUCA